AUGCCUCCUGAACAUCUCAGAAAAAUACACUGGCGGUUGAACAGGCUGUGCUCCGCUGGUCCAUGGCGGCGCCGGAUUACUCAUACUCAUUCAGAGAAAGGGAGGGGAGAGAAAGGAAAACUCGUGCAGAGGAAGGGAAGAGAGAGAAAGGAAAUGAGAAAAAGAGGAGAAAAAAUUGUUGAAGGGGAAAGCCUCGUUCGAAUCCUUCGUGACCACGCCAAAUCCGCCGUCGAGGGCCGCCUCCGCGACUCCAAUCUCCGCCGAGGACACAAUCAAGGACAUCGACGCCUGAUGUUUACAAUCAAGGUGGAGGAGGAGAGAAACCAGACGGCGGAGUUAGCGGUGUCGACCGGCUGCGCUCUGGCCUUGAAUGUGCUGAUUAAUAAAGCGUUUAUUUUCAGGGUUAGAGUUCUGAUCACACUUGCGCUUACACACCUUGGGGCGAGGUUUCUUGUAUGGCGCAAUCAUUUCAAGAUGAGUGUGUGA